UGCGGCCAUGAAAUUCGGUGUAUUUUUUUUUUCCCCGCUGGUACUCCACUCCACCAAAAUCAGCUUCCCGCCAAACUGCAUUUCCCGCGCGGGCGCGCCAAAACCCGCCAAAAUUUCUGCAACCAAAAACCCCAACCGCGACAUGCCAAUCAAUCUCAGGAAACCCCAAACAAGUUCCCCAACACCCGCCGCCACCAUAGCUUCUUGGCUGAAGAAUCUCUCGUCGGGUGCAUCAUGAAAGGCCGGGUGGUGAAGCUCCGGGAGGCGCAUAAGGCCGGCUCGCCGGCGUUCUGCUCCGUCGCGUGGGGCCAACGCGGGCAGCACCUCGUCACUGCCUCCGCCGCCGACGUGGCCAUCCUCAUCCACGAAGCCGCCGCCGCCGGUGGGCGGGGCUCGGGUUCGGCGGCAGCGGCCGCGGUUUCCACGAUCCGGCUUCACAAAGAUGGCGUCACGGCGCUCGCCGUCGCGCCAGGCUCCGGCGGGUCGCUGGCGUCCGGAUCCAUCGACCACUCCGUCAAGUUCUACUCCUUCCCAGAGGGGGCGUUCCAGAGCAAUGUCGCGCGGUUCACCCUGCCGAUCCGGUCACUCGCCUUCAACAAGAAGGGGACUCUUCUGGCGGCGGCCGGAGACGACGACGGCAUCAAGCUGAUCGCGACAAUCGACAACACCAUCUCCAAGGUGCUCAAGGGCCACAAGGGAUCGGUAACUGGCUUGUCUUUCGAUCCCAGAAACGAUUAUCUGGCAUCCAUUGAUACCUUCGGCACGGUCAUCUUCUGGGAUCUCUGCACGGGGAAUGAAGCCCGCAGCUUGAAGCGUAUCGCGCCGGCAUUUGGUUCAGAUCACUCGGUCAACAAUGCAUUGUGCUGGAGCCCUGAUGGGCAGUUUCUUGCUGUUCCGGGGCUGAGGAAUAACGUGGUCAUGCAUGAUAGGGACACAGGCGAGGAGGUGUUCACCCUGAAAGGGGAGCAUGAGCAGCCCGUGUGUAGUCUCUGCUGGUCUCCCAAUGGGAGGUACCUGGUCACUGCUGGCUUGGAUAGGCAGGUGCUGAUCUGGGAUGUCAAGUCCAAGCAGGACGUUGAGAGGCAGAAAUUCGACGAGAGGAUAUGCAGCCUGGCUUGGAAACCUGAGGCGAAUGCUGUUGCAGUGAUCGAUGUGACCGGCAGAUUUGGCAUUUGGGAAUCGGUCAUCCCGUCGACUUUGAAGUCACCCACUGAGGGUGCACCUGAUCUGAACUCGACCAAAAUUCCUUUGUUUGAUGACGAGGACGACGACGAGAAGCCGAGUACCUCUGGUGGAUUGGAGGAUGAUGUUGAUGAAAGUCUUGGCGAAUCAGGUCCAUUCAACCACAAGAGAUCGAGGAGGAAAUCAACCUUCCAUGGUCACUCAAAUGGAGAUAGUGAAGAUGAGGAUCUGAUACUUCAGAUGGAGUCACGCAAGAGAAUAAAAGAUAUAACACAUAGAGAUAACAAGGGGGUUACUACUGAUAAGACAAGGGGUGAUUCAGCAACUUCAGGAAAGCUGGUUACAGCAAGAAUGCAGACUGCAUUUCAGCCUGGGUCUACACCACCUCAACCUGGAAAGCGAAAUUUCCUUGCCUACAACAUGCUUGGAAGUAUUACUACUAUUGAAAACGAGGGUCAUUCGCAUGUAGAGGUUGACUUCCAUGACACCGGAAGAGGCCCUAGAGUUCCUUCAAUGACCGAUUAUUUUGGUUUCACAAUGGCUGCACUGAAUGACUCAGGAAGUGUCUUCGCUAAUCCAUGCAAGGGUGACAAGAAUAUGAGCACUCUUAUGUACCGUCCUUUCAGUAGCUGGGCGGGUAACAGUGAGUGGUCAAUGAGGUUUGAGGGAGAAGAAGUGAAGGCUGUGGCUGUUGGUAAUGGAUGGGUUGCUGCAGUUACAAGUUUAAAUUUCCUACACAUUUUCACAGAGGGAGGCUUGCAGAUGCAUAUCCUCUCAGUCAAUGGCCCAGUGGUUACUGCUGCAGGACAUGGAGAUCAGCUAGCGAUUGUGUCUCAUGCUUCAGAUUGUCUUUCCUCGGGAGACCAGGUGCUGGACGUUAAAGUGCUGAAGAUAUCUGAAUGUGCUCAAUCAUUGUCCAGCCGACUUGUUUUAAGUCCUUCGUCUCAGUUAUCUUGGUUUGGUUUCAGUGAGAAUGGUGAACUUAGUUCUUUUGAUUCCAAGGGAAUACUGAGGGUCUUUUCUGGUCAAUUCGGUGGAAGUUGGAUUCCAAUAUUUAGUUCAAUCAAGGCAAGAAAAUCUGAAGAUGAAAGCCAUUGGGUGGUCGGUUUAGAUGCCAAUAACAUAUUCUGCAUUCUAUGCAAGUCCCAUGAGUAUUAUCCACAGGUGACGCCCAAACCUGUUUUGACAAUAUUUGAGCUUUCAUUUCCUGUUGCGUCAUCUGACCUUGGUGCCACUAGUUUAGAAAAUGAGUUUGUGAUGAGGAAGCUACAUCUCUCACAGACCCAAAAGAAAAUAGAAGAAAUGGCUGCUUUGGGUCUGGACACAACUGCGUUAGAUGAUGAAGCAUUCAACAUGGAAGCUGCACUUGACCGGUGCAUCCUGAGGCUCAUUUCCAGCUGCUGCAAUGGUGAUAAGCUUGUUCGAGCUAGUGAACUUGCUAAAUUAUUGACACUUGAGAAGUCAAUGAAGGGGGCUUUGAUGCUUGUUACACGUUUGAAGCUGCCCAUAUUACAAGAGAAAUUCAGUUCCAUACUUGAGGAGAGGAUGCUGAACGAUGCAAAAAUUGUCAAAACAACAGGUGUUUUAUCCAAUACUAAUACAAAUUACCCACCAUCACUAGCGUUCAGCACUCAAGCAGUUGCACCAGCUAAGGUUGUGCAAAAUGGAAACAGUUUGAAGUUAUCUACGUUGCCUGAACUGAAUCCGGCCACCCAACAAAGGAAUCCAAGUGAAUCCAACAAGGCAGAGGUAGAACAUGGAACCCAAUCGAAAGAAAGAAGUCUAAAGGUUUCACCUUUACAAGCUCCGUUAGCUAAGAUACAAAAAAACGGUGAAAAUGUGGCCAUAAAAACGAAGAAAGAUAAAGAUGGAUCAUCACAUGCAACUACAGUUGAUCAGAACCCAAAGGGAGGCAUUCAUCAGGUUGCCCUAAAAAACAUGAGCACCGAUGACUGCAGUGGACUACAGCCUCAGCGACCAGUUAACCCCUUUGCUAAAUCAUCAUCAAGCAAAGAGCAGCCAUCAUCUGUCUUUGAUUCCAUCAAGAAGAUGAAGGUUGAAAAUGAUAAGGUUGACAAGGCUGACAGCAAGAAGGUGAAAGUGUAACUGCUUGUGUUUAACGAUCUGCAACAGGCGAACCAGCCAGCAGUUAGGCAUCCAUCUAUUUAUACUGACAUCUGUGCUUAUAUUUUUCAUUUUCACUACUCAAAAUGUAGGUGAAAACCACCGUACUUCUUGACCAACCUUUUUGUGUAUGGCUUCUGAGCUCAGUUUCUACUCCAUGAGGUGCUACACGAUGUAUAAUAGUACCCCAUGUUUAGAUAGAUUGCGUGUUCCUUUGUUGAUGCCUUGGUAUACAAUUACAUUUUUGUCUUGUCGUAUUUUGGAUUGAUGUGUCUCGUACAAAUAUGUAAUAGGAUGCGCAGAUUCGCUGUAAAUUCCUUAUUUAUUUGAAAUCUUUAUAUGUAUGAGGUC